AAAUGUCUGCGACCACCAACACGUGAAUUUGUAAACGUUAUGAAAUUUGUGCUAUUUUCGUAAGUAAUGCGAUAGUUGCAAGUUCGCACCGUAUUCUAAAAAAUACAGACGACUCAGGCAUAGGCUUAAGAUUCGCCGAACGCAAAAAUUCAGCAUAUCUCCAGGGAGAGCACUGAAAUAUCGACCCGUGUUACGUUGCGGUGUGGUGACUGUGGAUUGCAUGACACUGGGCGAAGGCUGAGUGAUCAAUCAUGGUUCUAACGAAGCAGUACCUCCGCUACGUCCCGGGAGCACAGUUCGGACUCAUCGGUAGCCUCAAGAGUAACAUCGUAUAUCUGGAACUUCGCGGCCAGCAGGGAAAGUACUGCGCCGUCGCGACGGGCGAACACGUAACAGUAUGGGACAUCCGAAAGAGCGAGAAAGUCUUCUCGCUGCCGGGCGAAAAGCACGAGGUCACGAUUCUCGGAAAGAGCCCCGACAAGCACCACCUGGCCGUCGGCUACGACGACGGCAGCGUCAAGAUCUUCAACCUGCUGUCCGGCGAGAUGUCGGUGACGUUCAGCGGCCACAAGUCGGCGGUGACGGCGCUCGCGUUUGACGCGGACGGCACGCGACUUGCGUCCGGUUCACGCGACACGGAGGUCAUCGUGUGGGACACGGUCAACGAGGCGGGAAUGUUCCGGCUGCGCGGCCACAAGGGUCCGAUCACGCAGUGCUACUUUGUGCGCGCCGAGAACUUCCUCGUAACGAGCUCCCGCGACACGUUCAUCAAGUUUUGGGAUCUCGACACGCAGCACUGCUUCAAGACGUUGCUGGGACAUCGCACGGAAGUCUGGGGUUUCGUGGUUGUCAGUGGAGAAACGCGGCUGAUUAGUGGGAGUGCCGACAAUGAGCUGCGUGUGUGGAAAGUUGAGGUGAAGGAGCGAGUCGCUGGUGGAGCCGAGAAAGAUUCCGGCGAGCCAGACCCAAAGCAAAUGAAAAUUACUGCGGAGGGAGGAGCAGGGGAGGCGGAGGAGGAUGACAUGGACGACGAAGAUAGUGUCGUUGCGGUAACCAAACUGGGAUCCGUGUUUAGAAAGGGCCGCGACCGCGUCGCCUCGCUCUCGGUGGACGCCACGGGAACCGUCGUCGGUUGCCACGGCAACGACACCCUCCUCGAGCUGUUCAAAGUGUGCACGGCGGACGAGACGAAGAAACGACUGAAACGAAGGCAGAAGAAAGCUCGCAAGAAGCUGGCGAAGGGGAGUGCUGACGCAGGAGCCGACGAGGAGGCUGACGUCGCCGUUGCCGUGGACGACGCCGUUGCCAUCGACGACGAGAUCACGCGACUCGCGGCGGUGCACAUGGGCGCGAAGCUGCGAUCGUUCGACGUCCUCGUCGAGCCGACGACGGGCGACGCCAAGAUCGUCGCGUUGCUAGGCAACAACUCGCUCGAGGAGUGGCGCGCGUCGACGACGGACGCGAAGGAGGUCGCGACCUCUCUGCACCAGCUCGCCGCUCCCGCGCAUCGCACGGAUGCGCGCGCCGUCGCCGUGAGCGCCGACGGCACGGCGAUCCUGUCGGCGAGUGGCGAGAGCGCCAAGCUGUGGAACCGCGCGACGCUGCGCUGCGUGCGCACGAUGGCGUGCGGCUACGCGCUCUGCUGCCAGAUGGCGCCGGGCGACCGGCACGCGAUCGUCGGCACCAAGGCCGGCGCGCUGCAGCUGUUCGACGUCGCGUCGGCGUCGCUGCUCGAGUCGGUUGCCGCGCACGACGGCGCCCUCUGGUCGAUGUGCGUGAGCGCGGACCGGCGUGGCCUCGCGACGGGCGGCGCCGACAAGCAGGUCAAGUUCUGGGACUUUGACCUCGUAGCCGACGACGACGAUGACACGGCGGCGGGGAGCCGGCGGCUGGGCGUCGUGCAUCGCCGGACGCUGCGCAUGUCCGAGGACGUGCUAUGCGUGCGCUUCUCGCCCGACGGUCGCCUCGUCGCCGUCUCUCUCCUCGACAGCACCGUCAAGGUGUUCUUCGUCGACACUCUCAAGUUCUUCCUGUCGCUGUACGGACACAAGCUUCCCGCGCUCGCUCUCGACAUCUCGUCCGACAGCACGCUGCUCGUCACCGCAUCCGCCGACCGCAACGUCAAGCUUUGGGGACUCGACUUUGGCGACUGUCACCGCUCGAUGUUCGCGCACGAUGACAGCGUCACAGCGGUGCAGUUCGUGCCCGGCACGCACCUGUUCUUCACGGCGGGCCGCGACGGACGAGUCAAGCAGUGGGACGGCGACACCUUCGAGAAGGUGGUGACGCUCGACGGUCACCACGGCGAGGUGUGGGCGCUCGCGGUCGCUCCCGCGGGAGCGUACGUCGUCACGGCGGCGCACGACCGCUCGCUGCGCGUCUGGGAGAGGACCGACGAGCCGCUGGUGCUGCAGGAGGAGCAGGAGACGGAGCGGGAAGCCGAACACGAGGCGGCGGCCGUCGCCGAGGGAGGCGCUUCGGCGUCGGCGAGCUCGGAGGCGGCGCUGCCCGCGAAGAAGACGAUCGAGACGGUGAAAGCCGCUGAGCGCCUCAUGGAAGCGAUCGAGAUUUACCGCGAGGAGACGACGAAGGAGGAGGACCACGCUCACGAGUGCCUGGAGGCGGGGGGGCGCGCUCUGGCACCGCCGCCGCCGCACCCGCUGCUCGCCGCGCUGGGCGGCGUCACGGCGACGCGGCACGCGUUCAACGUGCUGCGGCGCGUGCGCUCGAGCGAGCUGGAGGUGGCGCUGCUCGUGCUUCCGCUCGCGGACGUCAGGACGCUGGUGCGGCUGCUCGUGUGUUUCCUCGAGCGCGGCUGGGACGCGGAGUUUGCGACGCGCUGCGUCUGCUUCCUGCUGCGCGCGCACCACCCCGCCAUCGUCGCCGACUCCAGCCUCCAGCCCGUCGUCGAGCGACUGCGUUCACUUGUCACGCAGCGCGUCGGCGAGAUGAAGGACCUCGUGGGGUUCAACGCGGCGGGCCUCUCCUGCCUGCAGCAGCGCAUCGAGAGCAGCGAGGCGGUGACCUUCUUCGCUGAUGCGACGGGGAGGCUGCAGACAAAGAAGAAGCGAGCGAGGAAGGCCGAGCGGGCCGUGAUCGCGCUGUAGCCGCCAGCGUCUGCUCGGUCGCCAUGGCGACGGCGGGAUAAGGCAACGCGCAUAGGUCUCACCGACGAUUUUGGAUCGGUUAUCGAAGUUCGUUGAAUCGCGAAUAAUGUGUUGGGUUGCUAAUACGAUUCUUGCUCUCAGGCAAUUGAUCUUUCUAUAUGCUGUUGAACGCAUCGAUAGUUCUGCUGUGUAUCAAAGUGGAAAUUUAAUAAAAUAAGGUGUCUGAAGUUUUCUGAGAA